AUGCGAGCAAUGAAUAUGGGCCAGUAUAACCCAUUUAAUGGAUAUCUCCAAUCCAGUCUAGCUGAGCGGCCCAUCGGGAAUGUUCGGCCGCGGCCAGUACGGUAACUAAAGAGAAAAAGAAAGAAGGGCAGACGCAGGAGCAGGAAAAGAAAAAGAAAAAGAAAGAAGGGCAGAUGCAGGAGCAGGAAAGUGAACGGGAAUCGAAACGAGAGCUCCGAUCUGCAUAACAGAAAUAUUCACAACACCAAUCAUGCCUACCGGCUUUGUGUUCUACUCUGGAUCGUUUUCCAUUUCGUUUGAUUCUGAGCGAGGAUUUUCAAGCAACCCGACCCCUCCUAAACCAGCAAUUCGGAUCGGUAUGGUGGCUUUUGAAGAAACUGUCAUGAAUUAUCUUACUGACUAUGGAGUUAGUAAUAUCAAAAGUGUUAAGCUUGUUGAGCCCAAAUUCCCCAAGAACUCGUAUGCAAGGCAAUGCAAAAUCUGCUAGAGCUUUUUGCAGAGCGUAUGGUCGAGGAGAAUGUAUUUGGUGCUCAAAGCUACCGCGAGGCUCUGCUGAAGUAUUGUGGAGUUGAUAUUGAGUACUAGUCAUUUUAAUUACUAAUCAUAAUCAUGUAUUUAUGCAUUGCCAAUCAAACGUGUUAUAUGCCCAUAAUAGAGCACCCAAUGAAUGUAAUCUUUCUUGUAACUAUUUGGCUAGUGAUGCAGUUUGAUGCUAUUAUAUCGUCUACUACCUUCCUGGGCCUUAUGUCAAUGAUGAUGGUAAAUAUAUUGUGUACAACAAUCGUAAAAUGUGCCAUCAAUAGGAAAACAUGAGGAGAAACAUGUUCUUGCCACCUCUCUCAAUUGUUUCUUGA